AUGGACAGAGAGGGGGGAGAAGGAGAUGGGCAGAGAGGGGGUGAGUCGGUGACAGCAGAGAGGGGAGGAGGAGGAGGAGAAGAUGGGCAGAGAGGGGGUGAGGAGGUGACAGCAGAGAGGGGAGAAGGAGGAGGAGGAGGAGGAGGAGGAGAUGGGCAGAGAGUGGGUGAGGAGGUGACAGCAGAGAGGGGAGGAGGAGGAGGAGGAGAUGGGCAGAGAGUGGGUGAGGAGGUGACAGCAGAGAGGGGAGGAGGAGGAAGGGGAGAUGUGCAGAGAGGGGGUGAGGAGGUGACAGCAGAGAGGGGAGGAGGAGGAAGAGGAGGAGGAGGAGGAUAUAGACCAAGGUAG